GGUGGACCAAUUUAAUUUAUUGGCAAUAGGAAACACAUUUAUAUUAGCUGUCAAUGAGAAUUAUAUAUCUGACAGUUCGCAAAUUACCUUAAAAGAGAAGGAUAUUGUGGCUGUUAUUCCGCCCAUAAGUGGAGGUUAAAAAAAAAAAUGAUUGAUUUAAAGAUUGUGAAUUCUGAACUGGACAUUAGCUCUGCUAUGAAUUCUGUCAACUCGCCACAAUGUGGAGCUAUAUCAAUAUUUAUUGGAACGACUAGAGAACACUUUAAUGGGAAUAAAGUAAAAACAUUAUUUUACGAAGCUUACGAGUCAAUGGCGUUGAAUGAAAUGAAAAGUAUCACUGUGUUGACUAGACAAAAAUGGCCAGAAGUUGUGAACAUUGCAAUACAUCACAGGAUUGGUGAAGUAAAAGUCAGAGAAGCUAGUGUAGUGAUUGCCGCAUCAUCUCCUCAUCGCAAACAUGCUCAAGAAGCUGUCUCGUUUAUACUUGAAAGACUAAAAACCACCGUUCCCAUUUUUAAAAAAGAACAGUACGAAGACGGCAGUGGUGUAUGGAAAGCUAAUGAAGAAUGCGCUUGGAAGAGCAACAAUUGAUAUAUUGUUAAACGUUUAAUAUAUUACUACGUAAUGGGGCAUUCUUCUUAGUUGAAUACUUGAUUAUUUAAUAAUUAAAAUAACCAUAAUAAUGA